UCUCUCCUCCAGGGGAAUGCGCCUUCCAUUGCCCUUAUGCUGGCAAUGGCUAGCUUUUUCUCAAAGCAAGUGUACUGGGCCAAAGACUUGAUCUUCCUAGUGACUGAACAUGAGCAGCUGGGAGCUCAGGCGUGGCUUCAGGCAUACCACCGCACACAAAGUGGAGCAGGUGUUCUAGAUCAUGGCGAUCUGGAAGGCAGGGCUGGGGCUAUUCAGGCUGCCAUAAACUUGGAGAUCCAUAGCUCUCAAGUGAGUCAUAUUGAUGUGAAAGUGGAAGGACUUAACGGCCAGCUUCCGAACUUGGACCUGUUCAACUUAAUACAUCGCCUUUGCCAGAGAGAGAAUGUCCACCAUACCUUCAAGAAUAGGGGGAACCAUCCUCAGCCAGAGACCUUCCAUGGAUGGCUCCACCAAGUAGGCACACUCUUUUCCAUGAUCUCUUCACAAGCAUCAGGAGUUCCCACAGGAAACCAUGGAUUAUAUCACAGGUAUGGCAUUGCUGCGGUGACAUUGGAGGGUCAGCACAGCACGCAUCACCCUCGUAAUCGGCGAAACGUGUCUUUCCAGCAGUUGGGACGGGUGCUUGAGGGAGUGUGCCGCUCUCUGAACAACCUGCUGGAGCGAUUCCAUCAGUCCUUUUUCUUCUACCUGUUGCCAGCCACCAAUCGAUACAUCUCCAUUGGUGUGUAUAUGCCUCCAUUUGGGAUGAUUGCUGGUGGGAUUCUGGUGAAGGCAUUGGCCCUGUGGUACUCCACAAGCUGCGCAGCUGAGCAUUGAUUAUGGUCUUCUUGGUGGAUUUCCUACAGUAGUGAUGGUUCACAUAGUGAGUGUCCUGCUACACAAUGCUCCCUAUAGGUUUUCUCAAGUAGGCCGGUACUUAGCACUGUCAGCAGAGGAUAGUGUCUUUCUCGGAACAUUUGCAUUCUGUGCAUCGCUACUAGUUCUUCCUUACUAUAUCAGCAAAAACCUGGGAUUACAAAAUCGAAGUUGGGAAAUUGUGAAGAUCUUUGCAGUUCUUGAAUUGGGCAUUCUGGUGUUUGCUGGAGCAGUAUACAAUUUCUCUCUUGCAUUGAUAGUUACAGUUGCAUAUACACCUGUAGCUCUGUUGACCUCCCCAUCAGUAUCAAGGUGGAGACGGUGGUUAAAGGCAGCAAUCCUGCUCUUGGUUCACCCCCUGACAAUGCUGUUCCUGUUCGUCCUGAUGGACACUUGGUCUAACUUUAACGACCUUCCUCCAAAUAAGUUGCUAUGGAAGGCAUACAUAGCAACAAAGAGAGCUUUCAUGUACAGUGUGGUUGACGGGCUGAUUUAUUCAAAUUGGGUUUACGAUGUUGCAGUGCAGUGUUUACUUCCUGUGUGGCUCCUCUUUUGGCAGAUAGCUCUUCAUCCCCUUCAGUAAGAGCUUUUGGGCUUGGCACAUACACUGAAAAGCUGUGGCUCAUGGUUAUAGCUGUGUUUUAUAUUAAUUGAUGUGAUUAUUUCAGAAUUCAGUGAUUUUUCCUUUUUGUAUUAAUAUGAAUUGAUAAGAAGUUACUGUCACAAAAAUUUCUUGAUGUUAUAUGGGAAAUAAAUUGAUAGUAUGAAUACAGGAAUUUGGAUAAUGUCAGAUCAAGUUUGAUAUUACUUUUAAGCUAAUUAUUUUAUAGAAUGCGUGUAUGUGUUCGUGCGCAAAAAAUGUGCAUGCAGUCUUUCAAAAUUGGAGGCAUGGGAUAUCACAAUCCAUCACAUACUCAGCCAAUAAUGGUAUAUAGUGUACAUUGUGAGAAGUUUGUCAGUGUCAAUUCCCAGACUGCAAGGUUACCUAAGGCUGCUUGUGUUGUGAAUGAGUAAGCACAGAAUAUGUUGUACUUGUCCUUUAUGAAACAUACUAUAAAAUAUAGGAAGGAGUGAGAGAUGCACUAGUCAAGUGAGUUUCAGACCAAGUAAAACCUGUUGCUUGAAAAACAUGAUCAUUUUGUAAACAAUGUCAUAUUUAUAUGCCUAACUUCAGAAAAGGGUAAGAUUUUGGCAUGUUAGGCUUAGCAGCCUUUUCGGUGUGGUAAUGAGAGCACAUCUUUAUUGUU